CUCCCAGAACGCCCCACUUCCAUCUGCAAUCGCUCUGGCUAGGUCUUGAGGGCUCCUGCCAGCCAGACGGACGUCCAAGAUGGGCAGAGGUGAAGAGUCCAAGAAAGAGGACCCCCAAGACCCCUCUGGGGACGAGGUGCCUGGAAACCGACCCCCAGGUUCCGAGACGGAGCUUCCGCAGCCCGAGGCCGAGAAUUCCCGCCGGGAUGGAGCGAGUGCAGGGCCCCGGGAACCGGAUGGGCAAGCCUCUGAGGAUGGGGCGGGAGGCCCCCAAGGAGCCUGGCCAGGAGUCCGCAGGGCCAGGCGGCCUCGCCGGGCAGCUCGAGGACCGACGGUGCACCUGAUAGCGCUGCCGGUCCCCAGGAAGUGGCGAGCGCAUUUCCUGAGGCGGGGGCUGCGCCCGUUCCCCAGGGAGGGCCGGGGCCGGGCCGAGGAGCGGCGGAGGAGCCCCCCGCCGCCUCCCCCGCCGCCUCCUAGUACCCCGCAGAGCUCCAGGAGGCCCCGGGUGCCCCCCGGCCCCUGGAGAAAGAGGGCGGGGACCUGCGCCCUGUGCCAGGAGGCGUCCCGCCCGGGCCCCCGCCGGCCGGCCAGGGGUGCCUCCAAGGGGAAGGGCGGGGGGCCGGCCCGCCGGGACCCCCUCCGCCAGUUGGUGGCCCUGGUGGAGGCGGCGGGCCUGUGCCGCUGCUCCCUGUGCCUCAUGGGCUUCCGCUUCCAGCUGGCCCAGCUGCUGGUCCGCCAGGUCCCGCGCUGCCACGUGGCCGGCCCCCACCGGGCCGAGACCCUGCGCCGGUUCCGGGCGGCCUGCGCCUACCUGGGCCGCGCGCUGCGGGGCCGCGGGGCCGCCGGGGCCCACCUGACCGCCUUGGCCCGCAACGGCCCGGCCCUCCGCCUGGCCUGGGCCUUCCGCUGCCCGGGGCCCCGCGCCGCCAUCGCCCGCCCGGCGCCCCCCGAGCCCGGGCCGCCGGGCCCGGAGGGCGGCCGCACCGCCGGGAAGCGGGGCGUCCCGAGGCUGGUGCUGGCCGUCAAGCUGAGGGCCUCGGAAGGGCGCUGCGCCUACACCUGCCCCUCCUGCCAAGGCCGAGUCUUCUCCAGCCGGGCCGGGCUCCGGGACCACCUGAGGGCCUGCCACACCUGGGGCCUCCUGGUCCCCCCCAACGGCUCCGACCCCAAACCUUUCCUCUGCCCCCGCUGUGGGCAGGGCUUCCGCUUUUUCUGCCAGCUGGUUUGCCACCGAUGCUCUCCGAGCAGGAAGUAG